UGUUCACGUGGUAAUAAUUUAAUCUCUCACUAACUUCAUACUUUUAUAGUUUAGACAUCCAUUUUCCAUUAAGGUUAAUAAAAAGAUUAAGUGAUAGCACUUCCACACACUUGGCAAUCAAUUAUUCUUCAUUAAUCUUACACAAAGCACCUCCCCAUGAGUUACAAAACAGCCAACAGAUUAAUAGGCGAAUGAAACGUUUGUAACAAUUACAGUAAAGUUACCACAUUUCAGAAUAACCUUCUCAUAUCAAACCACAGAUAAAGAGCUUCAUAAAAGAUUUGAACCAAAUAUUACUCAAUCGAUCAAGUAAUUACAUAAGGAAAGCGGUGAAUUAAAGACAUCCAACAAAUUAGUAAGAGAACACACACUCCGGUAAUUCCCAAAUAAUACCACAUUUAAAUCAGAUACAGCUUUUGAAACGUCUAAUUUUGUUAUGACUGAAGAUCGACCCCACAGGAAAAGCCAUCCUAUCAAUAAUUCAUUUUUUUACUGAAAUUAUCUGUAUAUCAGGACGUACGCAGCUCUUCCCACGGUGUGUAGUGGACGUAUUUUGCCGUGAAAAGAUGAAGCUCGCCACGCGUGUUCUCGGGUGCUGGAGCCGCAUGCUCGGCGCUCGGGCUGCAGCUGCAGCAGUGGGGAGGCGGGGCGUGGUGGGGUCGGGGUUUGACUCGCUGCUUGAAAAGCCAUGUGUUCAGCUCGACCGCGCAACAGUGCCGAGCCGAAGCAACAUGUUCGCUUAGGGUGCGGGACACUCGUCCAUUUCACCGACAGAGCCCGACAGAACAACGGGUCAAUUUCCCGGCGAAGAUGACUGUCACCCAGAUGGAUGAAACUUUCGAAAGAUGUGCCCUGCCUGGAUUAUGACACUUUCAAUGGUUUCCGGACGCACGGAACAGAGCUGCUUCAUUUCCACACGAGACAUGGCAAUUUUGCAUCAAGCCAUGUGAUUUUGUUUUUCUUUUAAAAGGAACAAAACGAUUCUUCUCUGGCAUGACCUUACAUUGUAUUGACGUGAUCUACAUAGUUACUGAGUUGAUUAUUGCUCUUCUGUCCAUCUCGGGCAAUGUUCUGGUGUGCUGGGCAGUCAGCAUCAACUCCACUCUGAAAAACGCUACGAACUAUUUCUUAGUGUCUCUGGCGGUGGCAGAUAUUCUGGUCGGCUGCCUGGCCAUUCCGUUUGCGGUCACCAUCAGCAUAGGCCUGAAGUCGGACUUCUACGGGUGCCUGUUUCUAGCGUGUUUUGUCCUCAUCUUGACUCAAAGCUCGAUUUUUAGCCUCCUGGCUGUGGCUAUUGACAGAUAUCUGGCCGUCAAGAUACCGCUCAGAUACAAGGAGCUGGUAACCGGCAAGAGAGCCAGAGAGAUCAUCGCGAUUUUAUGGAUCCUGUCCUUCAUCAUUGGCCUCACUCCGUUCCUGGGGUGGAACAAAAAAGACUCGGUCUGUGGGAAUUCUGGGAACGCCUCCCUGCGGAGGAACGAGAGCAGCAGCAGUGGUCUGAGCUGUCAGCUGGACUGCUUCUUUGAAAGUGUGGUGGACAUGAGCUACAUGGUCUACUUCAACUUCUUCGGCUGCGUCCUCCUGCCGCUGCUCAUCAUGCUGGGCAUCUACAUCAAGAUCUUCAUGGUGGCCCGCAUGCAGCUGCGCCAGAUCGAGCUCAAGAGCGUCCACGGCGAGAGCUCCCGGCGGCUCCUGCAGAAGGAGAUCAACGCCGCCAAGUCGCUGUCCAUCAUUAUGGGCCUAUUUGCUCUCUUCUGGCUGCCUGUGCACAUCUUGAACUGCCUCACGCUGUUCUACAAGGAACUGCAAAAGCCCACCAUCAUCAUGUACUUGGCCAUCAUCCUGUCUCACGCCAACUCGGUGGUCAACCCCAUCAUUUACGCCUACCGGAUACGGGAUUUCAGGAACACCUUCCGCAAGAUAAUCUCCAAGCACAUCCUCUGUCACAAGGACGACCUUUAUCUGAGAUCCAGCAGCAGCAUGCGCAACAGGCACCAGCACCAGCUCAGUGCAAACUUAACGAUUGACGACCCCUUGCUAUAAUGGUAUGGGGAGGUGGGGGGGGGGUGGCCAGUCUUACUUUUUUCAAACGCCAUUCCAAGUGAGUUAGGAAACGUUUACAGAUAGAAGGAGCUCCUGAGUAAGUUAAAAAUCUUAGACAUGCCAUUCUCGGAUGUGUGUUGUAACAUCAUGAAGUGAGUGUAGGAACAUCUGAGACCACAGCUGCAUGUAGCUUUGUUUUGUACCAUGGUGUACUAGGUGUAGAUCUGAAGAUGGAGGUACAGUACUUUGUGAACUCUUAACUGGAUGAACAGUACUGUGAAAUGAAAACAUAUUCACUACAGUUUUGCCAAGUUCUUACUCUUAACAUGUUCCUCCUACCAUGUGUUCCCUCAUGGACCAAGUUCCAAGCCUUAACGUUAUCAUCUUUCACAGGGAAUCAGGCUGGCAAUUACUCUUCUCUGUACCGUCUGACAACUAAUUACAUUCAGAUUCAUCUAUGCCUGCCUUAAUAUUUAUUGCGUUGACGUCUUGUUGUUUUUACCCCUACUACAAAGGAAGAAUAUGUCCUUUCAAUCAUCCAGUUAAAAAUCCAAGACCUGCUGUGCAAAUGUGGAGGACAUGAUCUCUUUCUGGAAGAAAAUAAAAGUCUUGGUCUUCUUGUA